GACUUUACAGCGGAAAAUCGUGGUGGAAAACAUGUUAGUACUGUUUACGAAUACUUUCCCGAAAUAGAAAUGGAUGCAAAGGCCUUUGCUACCCAAAAAUGUCAACAAAAGUCAGCUGCCUUUAACGCAACGGACCUUGCUCAAUUUAUCUAUUCAAAAUUCUACGAACUGACAGGACAGACCAAAGAUCCAGAUGCUGGAUUAGUUCUAUCAGAAAGUAGCUAUCGUAUCGACCUCCUAAAUUGGGGUGCAAAAUUUUUGGCAAAUUCUUAG